UUAGUUUGAAAGAAUGAGAAAAAGAAAUCAAAAUUUUGUUGAAGAAAAAAGUGCUGUGCCAUUAGAAAAAAAGUCUUGCAAGAAUCUAGAUAAAACAAGUCAUGAAUCAGACAACGAAGAAGCAGAGCUUGAAUUGUUUCUUUUUGGUGAAAAAAAGGAAAAGCUUAUUGAAGAAUGCAAUUUUCCAGAUAAAAUUAGUUCAAUCUCAAGUAAUAAUGAGGAGAGUUCUGAUUUACUAGCAUUCACAAUUAGUACUACUCCUGAUAUACCCUCUGAUAAGAUGAGCUUAAACGAUCAGUAUCAGGAAUCAUUUCCAAUUCAACUGAAUAAAAAAAAAGAAUUAAAACCAGCAUGGGUUGAUGAAGAUGAUAAAGAGGUUUGCAUUAGUUUAGACAAAAAAUCAUUAAAACGAUAUAAGAAAUCUGCAAAUGAAGAUCAAGUUAAUGGAUUGAAGUAUCAAGAGCGACUUAAAUCUCAUUUUGAGAAAGUGCAGCCAGUUCCUUCAUGGGCUGAAUUAAAUGAUGAAAAAUAUUUGGAGAAUGAAGAAAGUAACGACGAUGAUUAUUUAUCAAAUUCGAGCAGAUCUUUGCUGAAAAAGUCUGAGAAGCUUUCAAAAGGGUUUAUAGACAUUGUUCGUGUAAAAGAUCUUAAUUCAACUCAACCAUCAAAUGCUUGUAUAACCUCUUUGCAAUUCCAUCCGACUGCUAAAAUUGCUUUCACAUCCUCAUUAAACAAAAGAUUAAAUAUGUUUCAGGUUGAUGGUAGGGAGAACGCUUCAUUGCAAAGCAUAUUUAUUGAUAAUUUUCCUAUAUACUGUGCACGUUUUAUAAGCAAUGGAAAUAGAAUUGUGCUAUCUUCAAGACGAAAGUUCUUUUAUAAUUAUGAUUUGAACAGUGGUCAGGUUUUGAAAAUUCCAGAACUAAGAGGAAGGGAAGAUUUGAGUUUAGAAAACUUUGAAGUUUCCCCUGAUGGGGAGAUAAUUGCUUUUCUUGGAGAAAGUGGUUACAUUAAUAUGGUUUCAUCUAAGACAAGUCAGUAUAUGUACAGUCUUAAGAUGAAUGGAAAAGUUCUUUCUGCUGGUUUUUCAUCAGAUUCAUCAAAGCUUUAUACAACAGGAAGAGAUGGUGAGGUUUAUGUAUGGGAUUUAAAAAGUCGCAGAUGUCAACAAAAAUUUGUUGAUGAUGGUUCAACAAAAAGCACAAGUCUAUCUGUCUCAAAUAAUGGUGCAUAUAUUGCUGUUGGUUCAAACUCUGGCGUUGUGAAUGUAUACAAUGGUACAGGCUCUAUUGAGAGAAACCCUUCUCCAUUAAAAGCAGUACUGAAUCUUACCACAAAAAUUGAUCGCAUAUUAUUUAACCCUACUAGUGAAAUUCUAACAUUCUCGUCGCCUCAAUCCAGAAAUGCACUUAGAAUGGUUCAUUUACCUUCAUUAACAACCUUUUCAAAUUGGCCAACUGAAAAGCAGACUCUAGGAAGAAUCAGCUGCAUGAAUUUUUCGCCACUCUCUGGGUACUUCGGAAUAGGAAAUGAAAUGGGGAAAGCUUUGUUGUUCAGGUUAAAGAAUUUUCCUGAUUCUUAACAAUUUUUAAUUGAUGCACAGCAAUAGACAAUGAAUUAAAAUUAACUUUCAUGAAAGCCUGUUACUGCUUAUUCUGAUAAAAACUACUUAUGUUUGAUGAGAGCAAUUCAAAGACUAAAUGCAAAUAGUCAGGAAGUUUGGAUGAAUGGCAUUUAUUCAAUAUUCAAAAUGUAAGAAGUAUAGAAAGAACAAUGAUCGAAUCAUUCUAAAAGUUUUUGGGACAGUUUAGUUGUAUUAUUUUUAAAUCCUGCGAAAAAUGUAAAAUUAUUUUUGAAAAUAAAUAUUAUUUAUUUUUAUAA